AUGUUGCGACUUGCUCAUUUCCUCCUCUUCUUGACCGCCUUCUCCGCCUUUGCAUUGGUGCUGGCCGCCGACUGUCCAGAUGCCGACGACGGAGGCUGGCGCGGUGAGAAUGAGGACAUGGGCGCCGGCGCAUCGUGCCGUCUCUGCUCCGUGGCGGCUCAAGCUGAUGAUUGCGACUACCUCUCCCUAGAACUUUUCAAGUAUCCCGGCAACGUCCAGUCGGCUUUCGGAACUUGGAGUUCAGAGUGCAAGAGCGUCGCGAAUGGUAAACCCGAGACUAGAGGGGACAGCGUGUAUGCAGAGGUAGCUUGUCGAGGCCCCACCGGUCUGGAUCUGGGAUGCACAGUCUACUCCUCUCUGGAUGCGAAGAAUCCCUCUGCGUGGAUCCUGACCACCCCCUGA